CGUGACGCACUUCCUGUUUGUUGUUGGAGAAAGGAGAAAGGAAAGCGCGAGGAGCCGCCGUCGUAACCAGCGCCGCCGCUCAGAAGCCGAAGAGACCUGGCUGCCGCCCCGCCGCCUUCCCGCCGCCGGCUCCGCGUGCUGCAGGACUCGUUCCAACAGCCUGUGAAACAUGGUGGAUUACUAUGAAGUUCUAGGCGUGCAGAGACAUGCCUCCGCCGAGGACAUUAAAAAGGCGUAUCGGAAACUGGCAUUGAAGUGGCACCCAGAUAAAAAUCCUGAGAAUAAAGAAGAAGCGGAGAGGAAAUUUAAACAAGUAGCCGAGGCGUACGAGGUGCUCUCCGAUGCUAAAAAACGGGACAUCUAUGACAGGUACGGCAAAGAAGGAUUAAAUGUGGAGGUGGAGGGAGGUGAAAGUCACUUCGACAACCCGUUCGAGUUCGGCUUCACAUUCCGGAACCCAGAUGAUGUGUUCAGGGAAUUUUUUGGUGGAAGGGACCCGUUUUCAUUCGACUUCUUUGACCCAUUUGACGACUUCUUUGGGACUCGGCGGGGUCCGAGUGGGAGCAGGAACCGGGGAACCACCUCGUUCUUCUCCGCCUUCCCAGGGUUCCCGGCUUUCGGCGGAGGGUUUCCGUCUUUUGAUGCAGGAUUUACUUCCUUCGGGUCAAUAGGUCAUGGAGGUCUCACUUCAUUCUCUUCCACGUCAUUUGGUGGUAGUGGGAUGGGCAACUUCAAGUCCGUGUCGACUUCUACCAAAAUUGUUAACGGAAGAAAAAUCACUACAAAGAGAAUUGUUGAGAACGGUCAAGAAAGAGUGGAAGUUGAGGAAGACGGCCAGUUAAAGUCCUUGACGAUACAUGGUGUGGCCGACGAGGACGCCUGCUGGCUCCGAGGCCAGCACGCGCUGCCCGAGCAGCCCGCCAGCACCGGCGCCCGCCCUCGGAGCUCGCACAGGCCCACCCCACCACCCGAGGACGAGGACGACCCAGGCCGCCAUCGGGCCGCCAGCCCCUGGGACCCCUCCGCCUUCUCAGCAGGACUCAAAGAAGGUGGCAAGAGGAAGAAGAAGCAGGAGCACAAAGACGAGUCCAAGAAGAAGAAGUCGACCAAGGGGCAGCACUAGAGCGCCGGCCGCCGCGGCGUCGCGCUGUGUGGUGUGUGCCCGCGAUAGCCCGGGCUCCGAGUUGAGGGUGCCUGGCACGCGGGCGCCAGCA